UUUAACCGACAAGGUCUGCGUGUAAACGGAGAUGUUUGUGAAAUGAAGACGACUAAACAUGAAAUAUCAUCUGUUCACCAAGAUGAACAUCCUUUAUCACCUUCUCUUAAUGAAUCUUAUGAUUUUACGACAAAUUUAGAAAAACAAAAUAAGGUGAAUUGUAUGGUUAAAAUAGAAGAAAAUAAGUCUAUAAAACCUCUUUUUUCUAGGUUUAGAGCAUCUACUUCUUUUUUUUCAGGAAGAAAUGGGAUUAAAACUGUAAAUAAAGCUUAUUCUUCAGAUAUUUCAUCGAAUCAUGCGUUUCAUCAUGCUCCAUUAUUUGAUGAACUUUAUGAUCAAAUUCCUGGAAAUAUACAUUUAGAAGACGAUAGUUCUAUUCAGAGAUUGAUUGAUCGUUAUGGUGCAAUCAAUUUUAUACGUCAACUUGCUCGGGAUUUAGCAUUAAGAGAUGUCCAAGUGAUUGAAGAUCAAAGACAAUCAAAAGAUCGUGAAAUUAUUUUGAAGAAAAUGCUUCUAAGUGUGGGUGUAACUUAUUUAGACAUAGAGAGAUGUCUUCAUGAGUCUUGUGAAAGAUCACAAGAAUCUUUAUUUAUGGACAAUGCGAAUAAUACUGUUUCUGAUGUAAGUUGUGUUGAGUCUCUUGAUGAGCGUUUAAUGGAAGCAAUGACGGAUGAUAAUAUGGGUCAAUAUUGCAAAACAGGUUUUCAUACGGAUGGAAAAAUACCCUGUUGUGUUCCUAAAAUAAUGGAAUGUGAAGAUUUACAGAAAAAUCUGAAUACAGGGGAUCAAAGAAGAACUUAUUCUGCUUUUCAAAAUAAUUCUAGUGGUGAAACUUUGAAAUCUGUGAACGGUGAUAAUCAUAUUAAUCUUUCAUCUGCAACUGAACAUGAAUUUUGUCUUAAGAAAGAUUUUGUUUCAAACCCUAAAACGUCUAAUAUACACUCUAAGCUUCAGUCUUAUUCUCGUUCAUUUAACAAAAUAAUCCCUAGAAUGACGUCACUUGAUUCAUUUCCUUCUUUUGAUGCUUUUUCAAAAAUGCCGGGAUUUGGUUCUUAUUUUAAAGAAAACGUUUCUGAUUUACGAUAUUUUCAUACAACUCAUUUUAAAGCUAUAAGUUUUGCUGCAUGUCAUAUAUUAUUAUCUGAAAAUUCUUACAAGAAUUUAAUACAUCAAAAAAGAAAGUCUCCAAUGAUAGUAGAUUUCACUUGGCGUCUUAUUUUGCCGAUGGUUCUUGAUUAUCAUCAAAUUUUGAUUCAAGAUAACUUAUCUAAAUCAAUAUUAAAGAUCCCUAAUUUUAAUUUGAAUAAAAUAUUAACGAAAUAUCUUAAGGGAUUAUCUAUUAAUGAUACCAGUUCUAAAACAUUUGCUGUUAAUUGUUUAUACGAGAAAAUAAUUAAGUUGAAAUUAAAAAAUGGGAAUCUUCGUAUUAAUCUUUUAUUAAAUAGUUCAAUAAUGCAUGAUACUUAUCCACAAGAUCAAAAUACAUCUCAGUCUACUCAAACAGAUACCCGGUCUUCUCCAGUAAUUAAGGAAACUGCUACUGCUGUACUAACCUCUGGAUCUAAACCUUUUUCAUCUCUUUAUUCUACUCCUAGGUCUCUUGAAAUGGAUACCAUUGUUCCUCCAGAACGUCAACCUCCUACAUUAUUGCCAUCAUGGAAUGAAUAUUAUAGAGUUGACGAAAAACCAUUAGCUGAUAGAUUUGGUUUUAUAUAUGGUUUUCGAUCUAAAAAUAAUACAUCUAGUUCUGAAUUGGUUGAAUCUGCAGAAACAAAUAAUAAAAGUAGUAGUAAUUGUUCUGAAGAUUCAAGUUAUUCUAAAAACACAGAUCAUGUUAAAAAUAAAAUAGAAAAAAAGACUGAGUUAGAUAUUUCUUACUUAAAAAAAGAACCAUCCAUUUCGACGAAUAGUUUACAAAAAUUAAUGGAUAUAGAAAACAAAUUACUAAAUCAUAAUGGGAUGCCGUUGACAACUUUGACCUCUCUUAGUAGUGAUAAUUCUGUUGCACAGGGAUUUAUAACAGUAAAUAUGAAUGAAAAAUCUAAAGGUUUUGCUGCGAAAAUUUUGUUACGCUCACAGUUAGAUACAUAUAGUGAUGAUAAAACGAAGCAAGAAUUAUGGGAUUCUUUUUUACGAAAAAUCCAAAAUGAAAAAAAGUUCAAUGUAAAUUCUAGUUUUUAUGGUUAUGAAGGUUCUGAGUUAAUUGGAAUAUCGGGUUUAGGAAUAGCUGGGAAAGUUGGAAAACAGCGUUGGAAGGAGUUUAGGAAUUUAGUAAUUGGCGGUAUACCAAUAGUUUAUCGUCCUAAGGUUUGGAGAGAAUGUAGUGGAGCAUAUCAGCUUCAACAACCGGGAUAUUAUAAUGAUUUAUUAACAAUGGGAAAAGAUAUUGAUCCAAUGGUUGUAGUACAAAUCGAUAUGGAUAUUUAUAGAACCAUGCCAAAUAAUGUCUUUUUUGGAGGAAAAGGUCCAGGUGUAUAUAAACUUAGAAACGUUUUACUUGCAUUUAGUAGACAUAAUACCCAGAUAGGCUAUUGUCAAGGAAUGAAUGUUAUAGCAGCUACAUUACUUUUAACACAUCCAACAGAAGAAGAGGCUUUUUAUGUUUUGGUUAGUAUUGUUGAAAAUAUUUUACCGUUGCAUUAUUUUACACCUGGUUUGCUUGCAUCUCGUGCAGAUCAGAGAGUUUUAAUACGAUAUGUUGCAGAAUUGUGUCCACGGAUAUAUGAUCAUUUUAAAAAAUUGUCUGUAGAUUUGGAAGCUAUCACGUUUAAUUGGUUUUUGAGUGUAUUUACUGAUUGUCUUCCUGCAGAAGUCCUUUUUCGUGUUUUUGAUCUUCUGUUUAUUGAAGGCAAUGUUUAUUUAUUUAGAGUUUCAAUUGCAAUUAUUAAAAGUAAGGAAAAACAAAUAUUAGCAUGCACAUCUCCGGCUUCAGUUUAUUCACUUCUUAAAAAUUUAUCUAUAGAGUCAUACAACAUUGAUCCUUUUAUUCGAGCAACUUGUGAGAAUAGGAAACGGAUUCGGAUUAAAGACAUCAUGCGUUACAGAGAAAUUGAAAUUCGUAGACUCAAAGCAGAAAUGGAAGCUUCUAUGUUACAAGAGACGACUAAUGAGUCUUGA